UAUUCUUUUUAUUUCAUUCAGAAACAAAAUCCAGAAUACGUCUUGAAUCUCGGCAGCAGAAUUUACAUAGGGGACUAUGUUUUGCCGAGACAGAGAUUCGCUGCGAUCGCCGAGGAGUUCUACAAAACGGAAAUCAGAGGCAUUGAUUUUUACAAUCCACCCGAAGCGUCUAAACAGAUCAACGCCUGGGUCUCUAACAUAACUCACGGGAAAAUACCCGAUUUAGUCGAUGAUGAUGACGUAUCUGGAGUUGUUGCGAUAAUCCUCAACGCUUUAUACUUCAAGGGCUCUUGGCGACAUCAAUUUCCUACAAAUGCCACCAAAUCUGCACCUUUCUUCGUCACACCGGACCUUCAGAAACCAGUUUUGUUUAUGAACAUCAAAGAAAAGUUCUAUUUUACGGAGUCAGCAAAUUUCGACGCAAAAAUCCUGAGAAUGCCUUACAGGGGUAACAAAUUCGCCAUGUUUAUAAUAGUACCGAAUUCGUUGACCGGCUUGUCCCGUAUUAUGAACGGUCUGAGCGAUCUUCAUCUAGAAAUGAAUAAUUUACAAGAGAGAACGGUUGAUGUUACCAUGCCGAAAUUCCAGUUCGAUUACACAUCAAAACUUGAGUCAGUACUGAAGGAAUUGGGCAUCAGACAAGCUUUUGAGGAAACCGCGUCGUUUCCUGGUUUAGCCCGAGGACAACUUCUUCAUCAAAGACUAAGAGUGUCCAAGAUCGUGCAAAAGUCUGGUAUAGAGGUCAACGAAAUUGGCAGUAUCGCUCAUUCUGCUACAGAAAUAGGAAUAGUGAACAAGUUCGGUGAGGACGACGAAAACGACUAUGAAGUGGUGGUUAACAAGCCGUUCCUGUUCUUCAUACAAGACGAGUACACGAAACAAUUGCUUUUUACGGGAAGAGUCUCCGAUCCUUCGAUAGUCGAUGGGGAUUAUAAAGUACUAUUCGUAACUUUCGCCAGCCUUCAGACAUUGGAUUGUCUUGAUACACGAGCACUGUACUCCAGAUUGAACUUCUUCGAUAUUGAUUUGCUGAAGUACUCGGCUGAGAAUAAACAUGGCAAUGUGAUGGUAUCGCCGGCAAGUAUAAAAUCUACGCUAGCCAUGUUGCUGGAAGGAGCUACGGGGGAGACGGCAGACGAAAUAAGAAGUGCUUUGAGACUUUCGUCAGUGAAAGACGAUUUGAGGGAGCAAAUGAAUCUUUAUUUAAAGGCUUUACAUUCAAAUUCAACAGAAACCGUUUUAGAAAAUGCGAAUGCAAUAUUCGUUUCCAAUAAAUUAAGACUCAAGAAAGAUUACGAGACAAAUCUGCGGUAUGUGUAUUUCUCGGAAGCUGUACCAGUGAACUUUGGUAACAACGGAGUCGUAGCACAGCAAAUAAACGCCUGGGUUAACGGAAAAACCAAAGGACUCAUCCCUUCUAUUGUAGAUCAAGCGCAAAUCAACGCUUUGACAGAAAUGAUUGUGACAAAUGCCCUGUACUUCAAGGGUUCUUGGAUGCAAGCCUUCAAUCCUAAGUUUACACGCCCGGCUUGCUUCUACAACAAGGGAGUUUGCCAUAAUGUGGCCAUGAUGGAACUUCAAACAGAUAUACAAUACGCUUAUGUGGAUAACUUGAGGGCACAUGCCGUGGAGUUGCCGUAUGCGGGUAAGCGUUACUCUAUGAUCCUUUUGGUGCCAAUAGAACGCGAUGGCUGUGCCGCCCUCAUCAGAGAUCUGCCAUUCAUGAGUCUACCUCAAAUAUCCGAUCUUCUGGAAUCAACCGAAGUUCAGUUGUCCCUGCCCAAAUUCACAGUGGACUACAAUGAAGACAUAAUACAAGCUUUGAAAAGUAUGCGCAUCAACGCCCUUUUCUCACCGUCGGUAAACCUCUCCGGCAUCUUUGAAGGCACAACUCCGUAUGUUAGCAGCCUAUAUCACAAAGUGCACAUGUCAGUGGAUGAGCAGGGGACUGUAGCUGCCGCGGCGUCCGCAGCCAUGGUUGUGCCGCUCAUUAAUGAUGGCGUAGAACUAAGGGUCGAUCGACCCUUCGUUUUCUUCAUUAGAGACAAUAAGCUUGGCUUGGUGUUAUUUGAAGGGAAGAUUGACGAGCCCACAGAAUAUGUUGAGAAGCCCAUCAACUAUCGAGUUAAAACAUCACGACCAUUUUUUGGAUUCUUUUGAACCAGUGAAAUAGGUACAUAUGGAAUUAUAUUGAAAUCAUCACUGUGAAAUGUACAAAAAUAUUUUAAUAUAGAAUUGCUAUAU